CCGGAGAAGAAGUUUGAAAGGAAAAGAGAGACGUUUCAGUGGCCGGUUCGGUGUAAAAGGCAAGUGGAGCCACAAACGGCCUGAAGUCUCCGAGUGGAGUGUACUGCUGCCGGGGAGCCGCUGGGCACGCGCCUGCUCCUGAGUGUCGUUGGACGGAUUAGAUGAGUUUGACUUCACGAUGAGGAGCGACCCUGUUCUGUUCACUUCCAGCAGGGCAAUGGAGGAGCUGGUGUGUGAGCUUCGUCUGUUCCUGGACCUGCUGGACAGGGAAUAUCUGAGUGCCGGGGUUCGAGAGAGGAAGCUGCACCUCUCCAACAUCCUCCACAGAGUGCUCUCAGACAAAGAGCCUUCAUUCAAGUCAGAGAUCCACAGUGGUCUGCCUGCCCCGCCUCAGAUGCCCCUCCCUGAGAUCCCUCACCCCUGGCUGCCUCCAAACAACGGCCCUCCUCCUCUGCCCAGCUCUUCCCUUCCAGAAGGCUACUAUGAGGAAGCCGUUCCUCUAAGUCCGGGAAAGGCUCCUGAAUACAUCACCUCCAACUAUGACUCGGACGCCAUGAGCAGCUCCUAUGAGUCGUACGAUGAGGAAGAGGAAGACGGGAAGGGCCAGAAGAUGCGUCACCAGUGGCCAUCUGAAGAGGCGUCCAUGGAUCUGGUGAAGGACUCUCGGAUCUGUGCGUUCCUGCUGCGCAAGAAGCGCUUUGGCCAGUGGACCAAACUCCUCUGUGUCAUCAAAGAUAACAAGCUGCUGUGUUAUAAGUCCUCCAAAGACCACACCCCCCAGAUGGAGCUCACCCUGUCAGGGUGCAGCAUCACUCACAUCCCCAAAGACGGCAAGAAGAAGAAGCACGAACUGAGGAUCGUCCACCAGGGGGCGGACGCCCUGGUGCUGGCUGUGCAGAGCAAAGAACAGGCCGAGGAGUGGCUGAAGGUGAUGAGAGAGGUGUGUGUUAAUGGGAGUGUAGACAUGGAUGGAACUGGAUCUGGAUCACCCGUGCACAGACCCGAACUGGAAAAGAAGGCGUCGUGUGAAAGGCCGAGCUCCGAUGGUGAGGUGACUCAUGAGAACGGACAUAGUGACGGCAAGGACCAAGGAAAAGGAAAGAAGAAGUCAGAGCAGAAGACAGGGACGGUGGGGAAAGGAGCGGGGAAGAAGAUCACUAAAAUCAUCGGACUGGGCAAGAAGAAGCCGUCCACAGAUGAGCAGACCUCGUCCGCAGAAGAAGACGUACCCACAUGUGGCUACUUGAACGUGUUGUCCAAUAACCGCUGGCGGGAGCGCUGGUGCCGCCUGAAAGACAACCAGCUGCUCCUCCAUAAGGACCGGGACGACCUAAAGAGCCACAUCGCCUCGCUGCCCCUUCGAGGCUGCGAGGUCAGCCCCGGCCUCGAUCAGAAACACCCCUUUGCCUUCCGCCUGCUUCGCAAUGGCCAGGAGGUCGCUGUACUGGAGGCCUCCUCCUCUGAGGAGAUGGGUCGCUGGUUGGGGGUUUUAUUGGCUGAGACUGGCUCCACCACCGACCCAGCCACCCUGCACUACGACUACAUCGACGUCGAGACCACCGCCAAUGUCAUCCAGCUGGCCAAGCAGUCCUUCUGUUUCACAAGUAAGCGCGCUGUCUCUCCUAACCCGUACCUGGACAACCCAGUCAACGGCUAUGCCUGCCCCACUGGUAUGGCUCUGCACUAUGAUGAUGUGCCCAUUAAUGGAACGGAGCCAGAGGCACUGUGCUCCCGUCCCGGCACAGGGGGGCUCCAGCUGAAAGAGGAGGUGCACUAUGAGAACGCUGACCUCUAUGAGAACAUGCCCUCACCCAAGCUGGCCACUCGCCAUCCUCCCAAGCCUUCCUCUUCCUCCACCUCUACCAGUCACUACAAAACCCCUGUUUCUAAAAUCUCCUCUAAGUUCCUCUCCACUGAUACUAAAACUAAAGGCACUGCUCAGCUAAAGGGAAAGAAGGGCACAGUGGCUAAUGGGGUGGCAUCAAAACAGAAGGCAGAGCCAAAGAACCAGCCCAAGAAGAAUGGAGUCAAUGGGAUGAAUGGGACAGCUUCUCUGAAACGCAACAACUCCAAUGCAGAGCAGUGUAAGUAUGGCAAGAACCGCGUGGAGGCUGAUGCCAAGCGGCUGCAGGCCAAAGAGGAAGAGCUGAUGAAGAAGAAGCAGGAGAUUAGGAACCAUCUGACCCAGCUGAAGAAGGACAGGAGAGACCUGCGCACUGCUGUGGAGGCUGCUGCUGGCAAACGUUCGCAGGCCUCGCUGUCGGAGCGACUGAAGAAGGUGGAGGAGGACUGCAGGCAGAAGGAGGAGGAACGCGUGAACCUGGAACUGGAGCUGACAGAGGUGAAGGAGAGCCUGAAGAAAGCCCUGAACGGUGGGGUCACUCUGGGUCUCACCAUCGAACCAAAAGCUGGCUCCCCUGGACUCCAGUCACCAGGGAUGCUGCGACGGACCCAAGAGUCCUCUCCCUUCUCCAGCUGCGACACCAGUGACACAGAGUCCUGCUCCCUGCCGGUUAACAGCGCCUCCCUGCUCCGCCGGCAGCAGGGCGGCCAGAAGGCCUCACCAGUCCGGGGACACGUCCUCAGGAAGGCCAAGGAGUGGGAGCAGAAGAGCGGAACAUAAACGGCCCCACCCCCUCACAUGAGUCUUACUUUCAUUUCUUUUUGUCUUUUUAAUAAAUUGUGUAUAUAUUUAUUUAAAACUGUU